AUGUUUGCUAGACGUGGAUGGUAUGGAAAUGACUCUGAUGAGGAGGAAGAGGAAGAAGAAGUCGUCAUUGUUGAGCCUCCAAAACCUGCUGUAGUAGCUCCAGUCGAGCCUCCCAAACCAGUUGUUGUUGCCCCUGCACCUGCUCCUCCUGCACAAGCCGCUUCAGGCUCCUCUGGCCGCUCACGUUCACGUUCCAAAUCCCGCAAGAACAACUCGCGCUCCCGUUCUCGUGGUGGCAACAACAACAACAUCUCACGCCCCUCAACUGCUACAUCCCCCACAGCACCAAGUGUCUCCAGCUCCAUCGCUUCCGUCGUAACAACUGCACCAGCCGGAAAGUCCAACUCCACCUCCCAGACUUCACCUGUCGCUAAACAGGCUCCUGCUCCAAAUGCACGAUCAUCAUCGACCAACAAUCAAGCCACCCAGGAGGCUGCUACGGCUGCAAUUGUUGCUGCAUCGCAGGCUAUUGCGUUGGCUACAAAGGCACUUAAUGCUUCAAGCCAUGCUUUGAAUGCUAUUGAGGGUGGAAGUGAUUUGGUAUCUGAUUCGAGCGUGGGUGGUGAUCGAGUUGCAACGCGCUCAUCCGGCCAAGAAAUGUCUCGCACGAACGGAACCAUAGUCAAAUCCACCGCAACGCGUAACAAGGUCGCAAUCUUCUGGGACAAAUCAUUCUCAACCCCAACUACAAUCUCUCAAGAUAAUGCAGUCGCGACUCUCCAGAAAUUCGCUCUCAAGCGCGACGGCACCAUCGCUAGUGUCCACGUCUAUGAACGAGCUGGUAAAAACAUGAUGUCUCAAACUGCCGCCGCAGUUGAUCUUAUUGAAGUUGCCAUGGGUGCCAAGAACGAUACCUGGAUUGUACUUGCUUCUAACUCUGAUGAUUUGUCAUAUGCUGUUUCGAGGGUUCAGAAGUUGGGACUACUCGCAUCCCCACUCGCCCGUGUCGCUACUCUUCCAAUCCCAAAACAAGCAGUUUUUGCAACUUUGAUUAACAAGAUGGCAAAUGUUGAUUGGUCGCAAUAUGAUGAUGAACAGGCGAGUGAUGAGAGAGACAUGUAUUGUGUCCGACUCAUGUCAGAAAUGUGUAUUGUCGUAGACAAGGACGAUGUGCCAAUUGGUGCUAAAUCAAAAAAGGAUUGCCAUCUAAUGGAAAACAUAUCUCAAGGCCUCCUCCACCGCGCAUUCUCCGUCUUUUUGUUCGACUCUCAAAACAGACUCCUCCUACAACAACGUGCUGAUGAGAAAAUCACCUUUCCGGGGUACUGGACGAAUACGUGUUGCUCACAUCCACUUAUGGUGCAGGAUGAGGUUAUUGAAGAGGAUCAGCAAGGAGCAAGAAACGCAGCACAACGCAAACUCGAUCACGAACUCGGGAUUGCGUCUGCUGAAAUACCGUUAGAUUCGCUGAAAUUUCUGACACGGAUACAUUAUCUGGCUCCUUCUGAUGGUGUUUGGGGUGAACAUGAAAUCGACUACAUAUUCGUAACCCGUCAAAAAACAGUCACCGUCCACCCCAAUCCCAACGAAGUCAAAGAUUUCAAAUACGUCACGCAGGAUGAGUUGCGUCAGAUGAUGAAAGAUGCCGAAGACAAGAAAAUCAAACUAACACCAUGGUUUGCGCUGAUUGCUGAUUCAUUCCUCUUUCCGUGGUGGAAUAAUCUGGAUAAUUUGGAGUCGAUGAAGGAUGUUGGGACUAUACAUCAUGGGUAA